CACUCAAAAUCUCACAAAUUGGCACGUUUCUAACAUUGAUGGCAUUUUAUUGCUUGGAUUUUUCGAAAAUGCGAGUGUUUUGGAAGAUUUCAAGUAGCUUUCGCGUUGACAGUUCGUCGUUUGUCUUUAAAGGUGUCGCAAGUGGUGCGCGAUUUUGAAUAUUAUUUUUGUGUUUAAAAAGAAAGCAAAAAGUUUUGAUUUUUCAAUACAAAGUCAAAUAUUAAAAAUUGUUGAAUUAGUGGAAAAAUAUAUGUAAUAAGUACACAUAAAGGAAUACCUAUAAUAAACGGAACUUAAAUAUGCCUUUGACCAUGGCUUUUAGCAGACCGUGUUUGCAAUGGACUGUUAUUGCAUUCAAUACGACGAGUUUGAUUGUUGGCAUCUUAUCUGUGGUGGCCAGCGUUUAUGAAUUGGAAAAGUUUGCAGAAGGCUCGGCAGAGCAUAUGGAAAAGAUUGUGCAAUUGGCAUCGGCUGGCCUACUGAUACUCUCCGCAUUCGUGGGUUGCUUGGGUGCCGUAAAUGGUUCUGUUAGAAUACUCUGCUGUUUCGUCACCAUGCUGAUAGCAAUGAUAGCAUCGCAUAUAUGGAAAUUGUGGCGCUACAGUGAACUCAAACAAAUGACGGCCGCAGAGAAAAGCUUAACAGCAGCCUGGCUGACAGAGCUUGUGACACCAGGCGCUAUGAAUGAAAUACAAGAAUCGUAUGAAUGCUGUGGAGUUCAAAGCAGUUUGGAUUAUUUAAAACUAAAUGUAAAAAUUCCACUCACCUGCUAUCGCUCUGAGAAUGGUUUGCGCAGCAUUUUUGCCUAUAAUGAAGGUUGUUUAGUGGCACUAAAGCGCGCCUAUUUGACUGUGUAUCGCUAUGAGCGGUUGGCGCAUGCGCUACUUGUGUGCUUUGAGGGCAUAGGCAUAUUGUUAGCAAUGCUGUUGAUCUGCAAAUUACUGACCAAAUCGCGUAGAUAUAGUUAUUAGUAUUGCUAAGUUUGCAUUUAAGAUAUUUAAAUAUAUAUGUUUUGUUAGGUAAGGGUAAAUAAAAAAAAAAUAUUUUCUACUAUUUAUCGAUUCUUGCACAGCAUUAGGGUUGAGCUGAAAUAGAACAAACACUAGCACCAGAAUUUAUAAAAAGUAAAUAAGACUUUAGCUGCUUUAUAAAUCAAGAGUUGGCAUGAAAAUGUCGCUUUAUAAAACUCUUUAAACCUAUUUUAUUUUUAUG